UCCCGCCCUACCAGCAGGGGCCCUGGUGCUCCCUCUGCACCGCCGGCCUCUCCGGCUGCUUCAAGUCCUGGGACCACAGAGGCGGGCUCUGCGGUGAGUCUCCACAGUCCCACCCGGCCCCUGCGGGGGCCCUGGCCACGCCGCAGCCGUCGAUGCCCAUGCCACCUCUCUGCUGUGCCCAGAGGUGCCCAGGAACCCCUGUCGCAUGAGCUGCAGGAACAGCGGGCACCUCGACAUGAGCAGCUGUCAGUGCUUCUGUCCCCCUGGCUACACGGGCAGGUACUGCCAAGUGAGGUGCAGUGGGCAGUGCCUCCACGGGAAGUUCAGGAAGGAGGAGUGCUCCUGCCUCUGCGACGUGGGCUAUGGUGGAGCCGAGUGUGGCACAAAGAUUCAGUUCCCUUUCCACACCUGCGACGUGCAGAUAGAUGGCAACUGCUUCAUGGUGUCCCCUGAGGCUGACACCUACUAUGGAGCCAAAAUAAAGUGCCAGGAGAAAGGGGCGAUGCUGGCCCAGAUUGGAAACCAGAAGGUCCAGGACAUCCUGGCUUUCUACCUCAGCCGCUUGGAGACCAGUAACAGGGUGACAGUCACAGAUUUUGAGACUGGGAAUUUCUGGAUUGGUCUUACCUACAAGACAUCCAAGGCUUCCUUCCGCUGGGACGUGGGUGAGCCGUCCUCCUUCACCAGCUUUGCUUUCGGGCAGCCGGACAACCAGGGGUUUGGGAAUUGCGUGGAGAUGCAAGCGUCAGCUGCCUUCAACUGGAACGACCAGCGUUGCAAAACCCGAAACCGGUACAUCUGCCAGUUCGAUUUGGACAUGGCCAGGGAACCCAAGCCAAGCCGGGCCAGGCUGGGCCAGAAGCGGCAGCAUGGCAGCAGCCUGUACCAUAACUGUGACCUGGACUAUGACCUCUACAGGGAUGACUUCUCGUACCGGGUGUACGAGUACCAGAAGAUCCCCCCCCUCAUUAACCGCAUCCCUGUCAAGGCCAGACGAACUCAUGUGGGAGCAGGAAGCAAAAGCAGCCCAACCCCCCAGCCUGGGGCAAGGAGCAGCACCAGUUCCACGGCAGGACGGACAAAGUUGCGGGCCGAAGAGCUGCACUCCAUCAAGGGGGAGCUAAGCCAGAUCAAGGCGCAGGUGGACAGUCUGCUGGAGAGCCUGGACCGCAUGGACCAGCGGAGAGAGCGUCUCGCAGGGUCCAAGGAAAGCGAGAAGAACAGGGUAGAGGUGGGAGCAGAGUCACUGUCCCCAGCAGGAGAGGGGUCACGGGAGCCCCAGGGGAAGGAGGGGAUGGGAGCUGAUGGGCACAGCGACCUGCGCAACAUCGACAGCACUGAGGAGAGCACAGACACGGAGGAGACGGUGAAAAACCACAUGUCGGACCCUGAGGGGAGCCAGUAGACAGACUGGGAUGCCACAGCCUCCUGGCAUGGCCAGCCCUUCCCGUCUUGUGUUCGUAUUUCUUUUGAGGCUUCCAGCUAGUGCCACGCACGAUGCGAGGCACCUGCUCUCGGCAUGGCCAUCCCCUGCCGCCAGCGCCGGCAGCCCCGCGUCCUGCCCCUGCGAGACGCUGGCCAGCCGUGGCGAGAGAAGUCUUUGUGUUUGAGUGUGCUUGUUUUCUUUUUCCUCUUGUUUUCAGACCUAGGGAUAAGCAGAUGUGGCUGGGGAGGGAGGGGAGGAGGAAAAAAAAAGGACCAUAUCCCAGAGGAACAUCCCAAAUCCUGUCUGCCUUGUGUGCAAGCAUCUCCCCACCUGUAGGGUGCUAUGGGGUGCAGAGAAGGCAGCCUGGGACUCCCAGCCCCUACGGCACAGGCUGCAUCCCAACCUCCCCUGUCCUGCAAGCCCACCCACUGCCUCCAUGCUUCAGACCCCCCGGGAAUUGGUUCAGCAAGGUUCAGCAGGCAUGGGUACAGCCCAGGAAGGCUUUUGGAGCUGCUCAGCCUUCCAUCAUGAUGCUGUGGGAAGGAGGGACCACCCUGAGACAGCUCCAAGAGGCUUUUGUGGCAUUUUGGGAUGGAGGGAUUCUGCUGAGCCCAGCUCCAAAGCCAUCUCCAGGGCCAGAAGCAGGGUGAUGCAAACCUUAGUCACCCCUGCUCACAAAUGGGUUUUCCUUUCUGGUUUACUGUGCGUUAUUCUUGGCCAUGCAUCACAUUGUGGUCAGCAGGACUCCCACAGGCAGCUUUGCCAAGGCUCCUCACCUGCGCCCAAGGAAGUUGUGGUCACCCCGCUGUGCUCCCCAGCGCUGCUGGUUUAGUGUCCCUCAUUUCUAGGUCAUCCUUCUCUCGCUGGUAGGAACUUGUUCUGUAUUUCUAAUUUGCUCUGGUAAAAGAGUGUAUUGUGUUGGAAAGAAAAAUAAUUUGUAUUUCUUUUCUCUGGUUAUUCAACUCCAAUGCAGUUUUUAACCAUC